CCCUCAGCCAGAGCGCGCAGCCGACGGGGCGAGCUUCGGGGACGCGCCUGGGCGCAGGGUGCGCGCUUCCGUCCUCCCGGCUCAGCCCUCAAGAUGGCCGGGAUUCCUCUCUACUUUGUGGACCUACAAGAUGAUCUGGAUGACUUUGGCUUCGAGGAUUAUGGACCAGACUGUGAAAGCAUGAGGAUAAGUGCUUUUCUGGACAUUCCCGGGCAGGACAACCUGACACCCCUGGCACGCCUGGAAAAAUACGCCUUUAGUGAUAAUAUAUUCAACAGACAGAUAAUUGCACGCGGCUUGCUGGAUGUGCUGAGAGACUUUAGCAGUACAGAAGAUGACUUUCUCACAGUCAUGGAGAUCGUUGUUCGCCUGUCGGAAGACUCAGAGCCUACAGUGCGCACUGAGCUGAUGGAGCAGAUCCCACAAAUCACCCUCUUCCUGCAGGAGAGCCGACCUCAGUUUCCCCGGGCGUUUUCUGAGUACUUACUGCCCAUUCUUGUUCGCUAUCUCACAGAUUCCAAUAAUCAGAUUAUUUGUAAGAUGAUCUCCAUGCUCGGUAGGCAAACUGCGGAACAGAUGUUACUGCCGCGCUUCUGUGACCUCUGCAGCGACAGCAAGCUCUUCCAAGUCCGCAAGGUUUGCGCAGCAAACUUUGGUGACGUGUGCAAUGCAGUUGGCCAAGAAGCUACCGAGAAAUUUUUGAUCCCCAAGUUUCUGGAGUUGUGUUCUGACAGUGCCUGGGGGAUGCGCAAAGUGUGUGCCGAGUGUUUCAUGGCCGUGUCUUACACAACGUCAAGUGAGGUGCGACGGACCAAGCUUUCCCCUCUUUUCAUAAACCUUUAUCAGUGACCCCUGCCGAUGGGUACGACAGACUGCCUUCCAGUCUCUGGGUCCUUUUAUCUCCACCUUCGCCAACCCAUCCACAGCAGGAUUAUACGUGAAGGAGGAUGGGACACUAAGCAUCCGACCUCCUGCAGAGGACACUCAGGACAGCUCUAGCCCUGCAAAGUGUGCGAACAUAGCACCCAGCCAGACCAACAGCAGCAAGGACCCACAGGCAUCUCCCAUGGACAAUAUCACAGGCAUCUCCACUCUAGAGGAUGAUGGGAACCCCAGCAGGAGACCCCAAGGCAGCAGUGUCUCCGGAGAGGGGCGCCAACCCGAUGCCUUUAACUCUUUCCUGUUCUGGAGGAGCCCACUGCCUGACAUCAGUGAGGAACUGGAGCUGCUUCCUGUAGAAUCUCCAAUGGAACCAGAUCUCAGCGCUGUUCCUAAAUCGUGUCUGGCCAGCAGGGACAUAGAGAAAGUGCUGCAGAGUUUACAGGGACACCUGGAUGAUCCUGAUGUACAAGCCCAGGUUGAGGUUCUGUCUGCAGCUCUGCGGGCGGCUGAGCUGGAUUCUUCACCUCAAGAAGAGGACAAACAGCCAAUUGAGGAGCCGGAACCUACAACCUGCACUGCAUGCCCAAAUACAGAGGAAGAGGCUCAUUCAGAGCAGACAGCCCCCUCUGAAGACCCAAUUCCAGAAAAUGAGACUUCGGUUUCUAAUGACUCUGUACAGGAAGAGGAAGACACAAUGAACGAGGAAGAGGAGGAGCAGUGUAGAGUACAGGAUGUUGUACCACAGCCACUGCUCGACCAGUACCUCUCCAUGACUGACCCUGUCCGGGCCCAGACAGUGGAUACAGAAAUCACUAAGCACUGCGCUUACAGCCUGCCAGGAGUGGCCCUGACACUGGGGAGACAAAACUGGCAUUUUCUGAAAGACACAUACGAAACACUGGCAGCUGAUGUCCAGUGGAAGGUACGAAGAACGCUUGCAUUUUCCAUCCAUGAACUGGCAGUCAUUCUUGGGGAUAAGCUUACAGCUGCUGAUCUGGUCCCUAUUUUCAACGGCUUCCUAAAAGACUUGGAUGAAGUGCGCAUUGGGGUCUUAAAGCAUUUGUAUGACUUUCUUAAGCUCCUCCACGCAGACAUGAGGCGAGAUUACCUCUACCAACUACAGGAGUUCCUGACCACUGACAACAUCCGCAACUGGAGGUUCCGAUAUGAAUUAGCAGAGCAACUGAUCCUCAUCCUAGAACUAUACAGUCCCAAAGACAUCUAUGACUAUUUGCGAGUCAUAGCACUGACGCUGUGCUCUGACAAAGUGUCCGAGGUCAGGUGGAUCUCUUUCAAACUGAUUGUUGCAAUCUUGCGCAAGUUCUAUUCUAAUGGGGAGACAGAAUUAGGCAUUAACUUCAUCAACGAGCUCAUUGUGCAGUUCCGACACUCCAACAAAUGGGUGGGAAGGCAGGCCUUUGCCUUCAUCUGUCAGGCGGUGGUGCAGGAGGAGUGUAUGCCAGCCGAGCAGUUUGUUGCACACUUACUCCCCAGUCUUCUAAGCUUGGCGUCAGACCCUGUGCCCAAUGUGCGAGUAUUACUGGCUAAGGCGCUUAAACAGACUCUUCUGGAAACAGCGUAUUUCACCAGCCUGGGGCACCCACACCUGGAGGCCGUGGAGAAGACCGUACAAGCCAUGCAGCUGGAUAGAGACCAAGACGUCAGGUUCUUUUCUGCCACUGAGCCAAAACGACCCCUGAACAGCAGCACCUCCCUGGAGCAGUCCGUCGACUGA